ACUAACUUACGCACACUCGCCGGUUCUCCGUCUUCGUCUUGGGUCAUCCGUUGUCCUCGAUCUGCCAAGUUCACUGAAACCUUCUCCCGGGAAAAAAAGAAAAAUCUUUAAAAAAAAAAGAGGAAAACGAAGAAGCCAUGUCCGUCCGAGCGGCGGUGACGAGGUUUCCGAUCGACGCGGAUGCUCAGGAGGCGGCGGGUUUGCCGUGGGGCCUGACGGUGACUCCGUUCGCGUCGAAGGACGAGAACGGCGUUGGACCUGCGUACGGAUCCAACGGCCACUUGCUCCCUCGCUGUGAGCACUGCUACGCCUAUUUUAACUCCUACUGCGAGGUUGACCAAUGGGCUUGGAACUGCUCGCUAUGCGGCACUCUCAAUGGCCUCUCCUCCGAAGCCAUCGCUCGCUACUCUGUCCCUCAGUCUAGUCCCGAGAUGCUCUCUUCCUUCAUCGAUCUCGAAUUGCCUUUGGAUGGAUCGGAGGAUGAAAUGACGCAAGCGCAGCCUGUGUACGUUGCUGCUAUUGAUCUGUCAUCUUCGGAAGAGUUUCUUGAACUUACAAAAAGUGCACUGCUGGCUGCUCUUGAAGCUCUUAGUCCAGGAGCGCUUUUUGGACUUGCUACAUUCAGCCACAAAAUAGGACUCUAUGAUGUUCAAGGUCCUAUACCAGUUGUAAAGAAUGUAUUUAUUCCACCGGAUGCUGACCGUAGAUUAUCGCUAGAACUUGAGGAUGUCAUGCCCUUAUUACAGUUUUUGGCUCCGGUCCACACUUGCAAGGACCGUAUUGCUGCUGCUCUUGAGACGCUCAGACCGAUAACUUCAUGGGAAAGAUCAGCUGGAGCAGUUCAAGGACUGGAUGGUGUAUUGAUGGGUGGCAGAGGUUUCGGCACGGCAAUGGAAGCCCUCUUCAACUACCUUGGAUCAGAAUAUGGGAACACAUUUGCAUUAGCUAGGGUUUUUGCUUUCCUCUCUGGUCCUCCUGAUUAUGGCCGUGGACAGCUGGAUUCAAGUAGGUAUGGGGAACAGUACGCAAGUAAAAGGGUGGAUGCAGAUCGUGCUCUGCUUCCUGAGCAAACACCAUUCUACAAAGACCUAGCUACCAUUGCUGUUCAAUCAGGUGUAUGCGUAGACCUAUUUGCAGUUACAAAUGAGUACACAGAUUUAGCCUCACUAAAGUUCCUUAGUAUCGAAAGUGGUGGCUCACUCUUUUUGUAUUCAAGCACCGAUGACUCGACCCUUCCGCAGGACAUGUUUCAGAUGCUUAGCCGGCCAUAUGCUUUCAAUUGUGUGUUGAGAUUGAGGACAUCAACUGAGUUCAAACCUGGUCACUCGUACGGUCACUUCUUUCCUGAUCCACAGUAUGAGAAUGUACAACAUAUAAUCUGCUGCGACUCAUAUGCAACAUAUGCUUAUGACUUCGAUUUUGCAAAUAAUACUGGAUUUUCCAGGCAUUCCGGAGAGCAACCGGUGGUGCAGAUUGCCUUCCAGUAUACAGUCAUGGAACAGUCAAACUCUGAAAUGGUAUCUUCAACUAGAGGCAAGCACACACUUAAAAGACGACUAAGGAUAAGAACUAUGCAAUUCGGAACUGCUCGCAACAUCAAUGAGCUUUAUGACAGUGUUGAUUCGGAAGUUGUUCUCUCGUUGCUUGUUCAUAAGGUAAUUCUAGCCUCUCUGGAUCAAGGAGUACGAGAAGGGAGGGCAUUGCUACAUGAUUGGCUAGUAAUCCUAACAGCCCAGUAUAACGAUGCCUUUAAACUCGUUCAGUACAAAAACGGAAACUCGAUGAUUUCUCAGAUCGAUGUCUCAUUCUCACAAUGUCCCCAACUUCAGCCUUUGCCUCGCUUGGUCUUCGCCUUGACCCGAAAUCCCCUUCUCCGUUUUCACGAAGAAGGCGUUCACCCCGAUUUCAGAAUCUACCUGCAAUGCCUUUUCAGUGUCUUGGAGCCGAGCUCUCUUCAUCGUGCCAUUUACCCGGAAUUGACGUCGUAUUCAUCGCCCGAUAAACAAGCGUACCCACGCCAUUCAUUAAGCCGGGCAGCACUGAUAACGAGCGGCAGCCCCAUAUUUUUCCUCGACGCAUACACCACUGUGAUAGUCUUGUACUCAUCAACUGCAGACCCGUCCCUUCCUUUCCCUCCGCCUCAAGACUGUUUGUUGAGGAAGAAGAUAAAGAAGCUCAAGGAAGAGAGAAGCAUAACGCCGAAACUGAUGUUUAUCCGAGGAGGACAAGAUGACCCGACAGCCUUCGAGAACUAUCUCCUCGAAGAACAAGAUUUCAACGGUAUCGGUUUCGUCUCUUUCCUCGAAAAUGUUACUCAGAGCGUAGCCGACUACCUCAAGUAAACCCUUUAUACGUCGACGACUCACCAGAACAUAAUGAAGCAGGCUAGGAGAAAACAGUCCAUAUACAUAUAUAUGUAUGUAUGUAUGUAUACAUGUAUGGGAAGCUUUCACAAUCAGUGAAUGUAUGUAGGCAUCUUUCUCCAAAUUUUGCCAGUGUACUUGUUAGGGGGGACGUUGAAUUCUUUCUUUC